UUUUCAACCCAUCCGGGCAUUCACUUUCCGUCCCUCCUCUCCAAACCCUUUUCCUCCUCUUCUCGCUGCUACAAUCUCUGCGUCUUGUCAAACUCUGUCCACUUCGUUAGCUUACUCAAAAAUUCUCUUCCACUUUAAUCUCGGAAUCGUUUCGUUUCCUGUAACUUUGGAAUUGACUGGAGUCUGAUGAAUCAGACGUCACCGGCGGCGCAGAACGACCAGUCCAUAAGUAGAGACAUGAGUCGCGUCGGAGCAUUCUUCCAAGGACCCAAGGUGGGUGUUGAAGAUGAUAGUAGUAUAACUUCUUCUUCUUCUCCUGGUGUGCCCAUGAUCAAGAUUAAUGUCUCUCAUGGUUCAUCUCUGCACGAGGUUCAGCUCCCAGCUCAAUCUACUUUCUGGGAUGUCAAGAAUCUGCUUACGCAUACAACUGGUUUAGAUCCUCAAGAGCAGCGGCUUUUCUUUAGAGGAAAGGAAAAAGAGGAUGAAGAACACUUGCACAUUGAAGGUGUGAAGGACAAGUCAAAGAUUUUGCUCUUGGAUGAUGCUAAUAGCAGAGAGAAGAAACAUGAGGAAAUUACAAAGGACAGAGAGAUUUCAAAAGCGUCUGAAGAUAUUGCUGGAGUCAAAGUAGAGGUGGACAAGCUCUCAGAGAGGGUGGUUGCCAUAAAAACGGCCGUUGAUGGGGGGCUCCAGGUUUCUGAGAAUGAGUUUCUUGUCUUGACUGAGUUACUUAUGAGGCAACUGCUGAAACUGGAUGGUAUUGAGGCUGAGGGUGAAGCAAAGUUGCAGAGGAAAGCUGAGGUGUGUCGUGUGCAGAAUUACGUGGAUACAUUAGAUUCUUUAAAGUCAAGAAAUGGCAAUCCCUUUCACGGUUUCAGCAACAGUGUGUCAGUAACAACCAAAUGGGAGACCUUCGACUCUGAGCAGGGAAAUGGGAACACCCCACCCUCAACGUUAUCGUCUUCAACUUCAACCUGGGUAACUCAAGAUUGGGAGCAGUUCGAUUGAUAGUUGCUCUGGUCGUAUUGGAAAUUGUAUGACACGCUCAACUAUAAAGCCUGAUCAACGCCAUAUUAUUGGGCCUUGCUUAUAAAUUCAAGGUUCGAAUUUUUAGCUUGAUUUAGAUAAAAUAUUUACAAGAUAAACCUACUCCUUAGAAGUUAGAUUCAUUGUUGCAUUUUGAUUUUAUAUUCAUUUCACUAUUUUCAUGGUUGUAACAUGUGUCAUUGUUAUUAUUUAGUUUCGAUUCACGGCCGUAUUUUAAAUUAUCAUAUUUUUUCACCGAGAUGCCAUUAAUCGGUUUACCCUGUAGGAUAUAUUUGCUGUAAUACUCUGUAACUUCGGCCCAUCAUAUUAACCAAGAACACGAUGGAUUUAUAAUUUUA